AUGUCGAUCAACACUGAACGCCUCAAACUCUUCAAGCUGGAUCGUGUACUCAAUGAAGAUCCGCUCAGUCACUCAAUCUCCGUUUUAGGCACUCUUCCCAAACACGACCAGACCGAUGAGCGUAUCCCCACAAUUAUUCAAGUAACCAAGACACCUAUCACCUUGGAAGAGAUAUCUUCUGUCAAAGAUGCAUUUGGAAAACUGGAGACCAUUGGUCAGAAUGAUAUAUACCACUGGGUGUUGGGGUGGCUAGGAGAGAAGCGGAGCCCAGAUGUGAAGAUUACAAUAGUCGAAAAUGCGACAGAUGUUCAUAUCCGAAAGUUCACGCGGCAACCAUGGUCGAUGGUUCGAGAAACCCCCCAACUGUAUGUGGAGGUGGUGAGGCCUUAUAUUGAUGCAUUUCCGACGAGCAGACUUCAGUGGGUCUACAAUAUUCUGUCGCACGAAUCUGAAGCCGAUCGAAUCUUAUACGAAGAUCGGUCCCCCACCGAGGGUUUCAUCAUCCUACCAGAUCUCAAAUGGGACGGUACGACUAUGUCAAUGUUUUAUAUUCAAGCGAUCGUGCAUACACGCGAUAUUCAUAGUUUACGAGAUAUUCGUAAACGGCACCUACCGAUGCUUCGAAACAUUCGCAGACAAAGCAUCAAAGUUGCGCAGGACAAGUAUGGCCUACCAGCCGGACAGUUAAGACUUUUUGUACAUUAUCAACCAAGCUACUAUCAUUUCCACGUGCAUAUUGUGACCUUGGAGCUGUCGGGGCAGGCAAAUGCCAAUGUAGGGAUGGCACAUUUAUUUGACGAUGUAAUUGCAAUGCUUGAACUUGAGCCAGACGGUUUGAGUGAUGGGCAAGGAACCUUUGCACGAAUGACGAUGACUUACAACAUUGGGAAGCAGCAUGGGCUGCACGAUGCACUGGUAGAGCGGCAAGAGGGGUUGAUAGAGUAA